AUGAAUGUGCGUGAAUCUCUCAGACUUGAUCUAUCCAUUGUACCUGGCAAGAGUCUUGGAUGGUUCCGGCUAGGUACUUCAAUUUGGGAUGUAAUCAAUUUUUUGAGGGAACAAUCUCGUUUUAUGCCCUCUGUGGAUUUUAAAUAUAGUGACGUGUCGCCAUUAUCAACAGAUCUAUAUCUUUCCUUGCCAAGCAAUGGUAUGCAUCUUCGAUUUGAUGCUCAGACGCAACGACUCAAGUCAAUAGAAGUUUAUGAUUUCUCGAAGCUGCGUCUUGUAUAUCGAAAUAAUGUUCGAAAUAAUGAAGUCAAGUGUGUGUGCUCAGAUAAAGUGGUUCCGAAUUUUCUUUUGAUCUAUGAAAUUUUUGGACCUACGUAUCCGGGAGAGUUUGAUCCUGACAAAAAAGAAUAUACUCUAAAUUAUCCGGGUGUUUCUUUUGUAUUUCCAAUUCCGGAAGAACAUCUUUCGCUUAUCAAAUCAUCAGAGGACCUUCCUGUGGAGCUUCCGGAUGGAACAUCUCCAUUAUUAUCACAUUUGUACAUAUACCAGGGUGCCAACUUUCGAUCUGCUGUUUCCCCUCCUUUGAUAAGAGGCAGUAAUACAGAUGGAAUUGCAGCUAGUACAGAAGAGGUUGGGGAAAUCGAAUCUGUUGUUGCAACGUUGAAACGUGGAAUCACCGUGAAAUUCGUCUUCUCUUCGACCGAAAUUCUUUUAAACAUCACGACACCACAAGAUCUGUUAGUAGAAAUUGGCGCGCCAUUACGAGUUUUUUACAAAGAGGAGGAUAAAAUGCGAAUACAUUCCGAGGAAAAUGUAGUCGACGCGUUCGAGGAUGUUGAAAAUGCUGGGCAGCCAAAUUUGGCAACGAAUGGAAUUGAGGAUCGUGCAGGCGGUGGUAAUGACGGGCAUCCUAUAGAUUACUUUUAUAAUUAUUUUCAUUUGGGAUUUGAUGUGCUUUUUGAUGGGGCUACGCAUCGUUGUAAAAAAAUCGUGUUGCAUGGCAAUGUGCCAGGACAUUAUGAUUUUCAAAGGUAUAAGAGAUGUCCCUAUAAGCUAACUGUGCCUCAAACAAAUAGUAAUUCAAGUCAAGCUGCCCAAUUAAAUGUUCAAAGUGAAGGCGAAGAUGGGACGAAUCCAGGAAAAUUUAUAGAUGGAGAUGCGAAGAUUGACGUGAUUUAUGAAACUUUUGGGCCGUCCAAUGGUAAACCGCUAAUUUUUAAUCGUGGGUCAAGUGGGCAAAAUCCUUUUGGUCCCACAGAAUUAAUCGGAUAUGAUGGUGCAGUUUUUGAGGUGAGUUGUAUGACACAUCGAGUUCAUGCUCAUGUUAAAUUUUAUGUUGACUAA